CAGCCGCCGCAUAUACACGACGACCGAGUCGAGACCGAUUGAAACAAAAUGGAGGGUUUCGAUGUGGUGCGUACGUUUUGAUUGAAAAAAAAACUUUUCACUUGAAAAUCACUGAUUUUCAAUGAGUUUAAUAAACUAAAAAGUAGUUAAUUGCAAAAGUUGUGUAUUGUAUUAUAGAAAAUUGUAAGUUUACGUGAGCCGCGAGUGUAAAACCGAGCGUACGAGUGAGUAGUGAGUGUGCAUAAAAAUAAGAAAAGUUUGUCGGGCAGCAGCAGAAUUUUUUACUGCAAGGAGAGACUUUGUCGUCUGGUUGCCCCCCGUGAGAAGUUUUCAGUCGCUUUUCUAAGGAUACUAGUUUAGUUUUCGGUUGGAAAGUCGCAAGGGAGUUGUUUUCAUUUAGUUAAGUCGAAAUUGAGCCGCAGCUUCGUGCCUUGAGUUUUUGUGUCACGAAGCGAGCAUUCUCGGCUGCAGUCAGCUCCAGUGUUUUGCUCGAUACUUUGUGUCGGCCAGUCGGGGCAAUAGUGCGGUCAGGUUCAAACAACAACACUUGCGACACGUUUUCGUUUGCUCGCGGUAGACGGCAUUUUCCCGGAGCGGCCGCGGAAGCAGUGCUGGACUUGCAGCCUCGCGAGUGGAAGACAAGAACGUCCGGCCGGGUGUGCAUCCUAGUUUGGACGGGAGAAUUUAGCAGUGCGAGUUGGGGCCGACGUGACCCCCGUGUGGGAAUCGGCCUUUCGUGCGCUCGCCGAGAAGUAGGUCUCCUUGCGGCGCAUUCGGCUCGAAGCAAGUGCGUGAGGACGGGCUCGAGUCAAGAAAGUCUCGUGCUCGGUGUCGCGAUAGACCCCAGUCUAUCAUUCCGGACGCCCGAAAAGUGGAUACGUCAUCGCUGCAUCGCACGGAUUAGUACUUGGGAUUACAUGGACUAGUCAGAACGCUCGGAAGUGGGCCCCGGAACGUUUCAAUCGAAAAGCCGAGAAAAUCCAACGUCUCAAUACAGAGUUCAUUUAUAUGACUUUUCAGCGCAUAAAACCGGAAAUUCGUGUUUGAACCCGAAAAAUUGUGAAGAAUUGAUAUAAAAAUUAAUGUUAGCAUUGCCCGCAAAUUAUCAAAUUUGAUGUCAUUUUCUACUGGAAACCACUCGAUUAAACUAUUUGAAAAAUUUAGUACAGAGUUUAACGCGUGAUAAAGGUGAAUAUCCGAUGCUAGCCGUCAACCCAUAUUCAUUGGUGGGGGGCGCUAUGAGGAAUGAUUGCUGUAAAAGCGACUGCUCAUAACCUGUACCAAGUAACUCGAAAGCAAAAGCAAACGAUAUAGAGAGAAGCUGAUAAUAUUUAUAGCAGAGUUGAUGGAUGCGCGCUGGAAAAGUUUUCAUUGCACGUCAAUUCUCUAAUGGAUGGAAAUGCACAAAAUAUGUUCCACGGAAAUCACCAAGGAGAUGCUUACUACCGAUAUGAUGCAGCCGCUGCAGCAGCGCCUACACCAAGGGCAAUGGGCCCACCGGGAGGUUACCCAAGACAUCGUCCACCACAUCCACUACCACAACAGCCACAAUAUCCAUCGUACCAGCCAUCGGCGGAAAACCUUUACCCAAUGGGUACCGAUCAACACGCUGGAAUGGGAAUGGGUGACUUAGGCGGUUGGGUUGGUGGCCCUGCAGCACCCGGACAAGGAAGUACGUAUGCAGCACCAGGUUUGGGAGCAUACGGACAUCCACAAGCCGCACCAUCACCACAAAGACAAACACAAUCCCAGGCAGGAUUCUUUAGGUACAGGCAACACAUGGGCGCAUAUCCACAACAAGAACAGCAGAAGCUCUCAUUUUCAACGCAACAAAGUUUAAUGGGUAGUAUGAUGCAACAACCUAGUUAUGUUGGUUUAAAUCAACAACAAGCGACACAGCAGCAACGGAUACCACAACAUUAUCCCCAAGCGGGUAGCCAUCCAAUGUAUCCAGGCGCACCGCAAGCACAAUCAGCGAGUGGCGCCCAGCCUUAUAGUCCAUAUCCUUCGGCCGGAAUGCAACAUCAGCCUGGAAGACCGCCCCAGCAUGUUGCAUAUAGCCAUGCUUCAUUAGAUCAAUCAAGUUACGGACAUGUGCCUAGCUCCACAGCGCCUGGCCAUUUGCUACCAGGACAACAACCAGCGCCACAAAUGACUGGCCAUCCGCCACAGCCUCAGCAAAAUCAUCUAGGGCAACCCUCCCAGAAUCAUUUGUCAGUUCCUGGUCAAGCACAACCGCCACAGCCGUUACACCCUAGUCAAGUGGUACAUCCAUCGCAGCAGCAACAAACACAUCCGUCUGCUAAUCAGUCAAGUCUGAGUGGACUGACUACUUUACAGUCGGGCCCCCCACAGCAGCAAUCUCAAACACCGCAAAAUGCAAAUCAAAACCAAACACACCUGAGUACGCAACACAUGCAUGCUCAAAACGCCGGAGCGUUGUCGUCGCAUCCGAAUAUUUUGCAUUCUAGCACAGGGCCUGUUACGAGCCAACACCAAACUGGUCCUGGCGGGAAUCUUUCGAUACCACAUGGUAUGGUACCUGGUUAUAGUGUCCAACAUCAAAGUCCGCAGCAACCACAACAGUCGCCCUAUAUGACUACUGCAAAACCACAGUCAGCAACCCAACUCAGCAGUAGUCCUCAGUAUCGAGCACCAUUCCCGCAAUCAUCGCCACAAAUGUCGCCAAGACCGCCUCAAAUGUCGCCACAUUCGCAAAUGUCUCCGCGACCGGUAAUGUCACCCGCGAAGCCUCCGCAACAGCAGCAAGCGCAACUUCAAGCAAAUCCGCCGAACACUCCGUCGCCCCAUCACAAUCCAGGCUUAUCGGGAAUCACCAGUCCACGGCCGAUGCAGCAGCAACCCCCGCAGCCAAUUCAACCUCCAUCAAAAAGUGGAGCAAAUUCACAACCACCAACUCCCGUGAAUACUCUGCAAGCGUUAGAGCAAAUGGUUAUGCCAUCACAAAACUCCUUAGCCGGGCCAGGCGGCAAUUUGGAUUAUCCACAAGCAUACAGGCAACAGAUGCCAAAUAGUAAUCCGAUGUCUCCAAUGGGCCCUAGAAUGCCAAUGUCCCCGCAACAUCAUCAGCAAUGGACUCCCUUAAUGAAUAUGCAGCCACCGGGCUCUAAUGCCCCUCUUGGCAAUAUUUCAACACAGCCGCAACAGCAACCAUCACAGCAACAUUUGUACGCACAACCAUUAAGCCACCAAGGUCCUCAACCCAUACCUCCACCACAUUCUCAAUCGCAGCAGCAAACGCAUCCACAAGCCUCCGCUAACCAACAACCCCUGGGGGCAAGUCUUCAUGUAAAUGAACAGCUCCAGCACCCUAUCAAUGACUUAACGCCACCUCAUCCGCAACAGCAAGUUCCUGUUUCUCAAACGAUGCCACUUCCGCCUCAUUCAUUGGCUGGGAAUGUGGCUCCUCCACAGCCACAACAGCAACCUCAGAUGACCGCUCAACAGCAUAUACAAUCGCAAACACAGCAGUCGCAGAUGCCGCCUCAAGCAUCGGAUCAACUGCAGCAGCCUACGCAAUUGCAGCCGCAACCACAACCAAAUAGUUCAGUAUUGAAUUCCAAUAUUGUAGGUGAAAACAAUGGCUCUCUGAGUGAAUCGCAUCUAUUGCAAUCCACAAAGUCGCCUGUGGCGUCCAUGUCCAUAGCAGAACACACCCAUCAUAGUCUUAUAGAUACAUUCACGAAUCCAGCGAUAUCAACACCUUCUCCGCAACUGAAAAGCAUCGAUCACAAUUCAAACGACUCAGCCCAUUUAACGACAGAUUCAAGCAAUAAUGUGCUUGUAAAUAGGCCACCUUCAGUAGUUGGGCAUGAUAGCAAUUCGGCAAAUUCAAUUAACCAUAGUAUGAUGUUCAGUGUGCCUGUAGAUACAAAUUCAAUGGGAGCAGAUUACGAGAACUCAAAUCAACAGUUAAUUACUUUAGAGUCUAAACAAACUCAUUCACAGCAGUCGCAACAAGCGACUACACAGUCAGAAGGGCAUUCGGAACCUUCAUUUAGCCAGAUGCAUCCUCAAGUGCAAUCGCCGGAGGAACAAACGCAAGCGCAAAAUAGCGAGACAUCCCAAGAGGAAUCGUCGAAGGAAGGCUUCCCCGAUGACCAAACAAGAUGCGCGGAAAACAUUGAAGAAAUGAAUGAAAACUCUGAAAAUCAUUUACUUCCGUCAUCACCCGAAAAUAACUCUAACCAAGUUAGUACUGAACAAUCAGUGGAGACUGAUUCGAAAUUACAAACAACGGACGCAUCGGUUGUUGAGGAGUCAAACGAAUUGACCGUACUUCAACCUACUACCGUGCAAAACGUGUCCAAUGAACAGAGCUACGCCAGUACUGAACUAACUCAGCUGCAACCUGCAGUGAAUGCCAUUCAGGCGAACCAGGCCCCACAACCACAACAGUCUCCUCAGCAAUCACAGCAGACAAAUCAACAAAUACCACCAAUACAGCCCGCGCCUGCAAUAAACGCCAAUUCAAUGAUGACUCCGCCAGCGGGAAUGCAUCCUCUAGUUCCGACUUCUGGACUUCACGGCAUCCCGCCUAGCAUUGGCCAGUUACCUCCCCAACCAACUGCGAUAUAUGACCCCCAACAGCAAAUGAUAAUGGGCGGUGUGCUAACUUCGGUUCCUCCUAGUGGAAUUCAACCAAUACCACCGCACAUGCCUCCUCAAAUGAUGGGGGCUCACCCCAUAACUCCCUUUCCAUCGGGUCCGAUUCUUCACAAUCAAGAGCGGGCAGCACUUCAACAGCAAUUGCAAGAAUUGUAUUGUAUGCCACCGGCACCUGAACAACAAGAAAAGAUUAUGCGUCUCCAAGAACGUUUGAACUCUUUGCAACAGCACGAAACUAACGAUCAAUGCAAUGGUGGUCCACAGUGCAUUCUACAAAAUCCCAUUUACGGUAAUCAAAUGGUGGAGAGCCCUCAAGUGUCAAGUACAACUGGCCGAGGACGAAGUAAAGGGUCUUCGAAGCCACGAAAACCUCGACAGAAAAAAGAGAAAAAUGCAACCCCCAUCGUUAGUGCGGAUUCAAACAAUGGUGACAUACCUCCCACAUCUCUUCCCGUUUCUGAAGACUGUGUAACUCAAGGUGCGGGUGACACUUCUGUAACGUUAUCAGAGUUCAACGAGAGUUGUGAGUUGUCGCAAGAUAAUUCAUCAAAUGAAUUAGAUGCAAGCACAACGGAAGGGAAGAAGCCAAAGAAGCCGCGUAAGCCUAGACCACCAAAAGAUCCGAAUAAACCUCCCAAAGAAAAAGUGCCGAAAGAGAAGAAAAAGAAGGAACCCAAAGAUCCAGAUAAGCCGAAAAAGAAAAAGAGCAAAAAAGCAGAUUCCGUUGCUACCGAAAAUUCUCCUGAUGGGAAGACGAAUGAUGACUCUUCGCAGGGCGCUGCAAUUCGUACCGAGGAAAAAGUAGUGACCGUGGUAGAAGAGCACCGGUCUACUUUAAAUGAUGAAACUCCCGAUUUUGAUGACAUUCCUGUAUCGAAGAUUAUCAAAAAUGCUCCGGAAGAAACUCGUAAAGAAGGCGAAGAAAACAACGAAGAUUCACAAAAAGAACUGCCAGAGAAUCCAGAUGGGAAUACUCCAAAAAAGAAGAAGAAGUCGUCAGGAUCGUCUUCAAGAAAGCGUCCACCAGCUGGCAGCAAGUCGUCGUCGAAGAAAAAGAAAAAAGGGCGAAUAGUGCCCGAAUCGGAUGGUGAAGCGGAUGACUUGCUCACUACUCCGCCUCCAUCACCUCAAAAUGAUUCUGAAAUUGACAGUUCGAAACGUCGUUCAGCUAGAAAUACUCAACGUAAAAAAUAUAUAGACGACGUAAUGCUUCGUUUCUCGGAUGACGAAAGUGGCUUAAUGUCGUCUUCACCGGCAAAGAAAGAGAAGAACAAGCCAAGUGCAGUGACAUCAGCCUCGGCAACGAGUAGUGAUGGUGAAAAACGAGAUUCAAACUCUCCCACAGAAGAAGUAAAACCUGCUGUGGAAGGUAAGGAAGAAACUGCCGACAAAGAUAAACAAGAUGAGGCGAAUAAACCGAAUUACGUUUAUGUAAAUACAGGCGACGAAGAUUCGAUGGUUGUGCAGUACGUUUUGUCUGUGCGAAUAGGGAAAAGAGAACUGAAACCUGAUCCGCCGCCACCACCACCAGAAGAAAGAAAGGUGGAAGAAACGCGCGUUGACGGAGACGCCGAGGUUGACGCCAACUCAGAAACUAAAAACGUAGCUGAAGGGAGCAAGGAAAGUGAAACAGAAGCUGAAGGAGAAAAUGAAAAAGAUGAAGAAACCGAAUCCGGGGCAUCUAUCGAAGAGACUGCAAAGGUUGUUGAGCAACAAGACGAAGGUUCUAAAGGAGAAAUAAGUGAGCCGACGGCUAAUGAAAAUGAAGCUGUUCAGGAAGUGAAACCAAAUGUGGAACCUGUGGUGGAAGAGGAUUCAGAAUGUACAGAGGAAAAAAUGGACACUGAUGAAGUAAAUCAGGAUGAGAAAGCAAAUGCUGAAGCAAUGGACAUUGACGAAGUUAAGUCAAGUUCACAAGAGGUAUCUGCCACGGAGGAAGACGAGGACUCGAAGGAAGACACUAUUAAUGAAAAAUGUGAAUCACCUGAGAAAAAGGAUGACGGGGAGGGGAGCGAGAAAAUACAAUCAAAAGUUGAGAACGACGGUGAGGAGAAAAAGGAACCAGUAUUCAUUGAGGUUGAAGAAUAUUUAGUGAAAUAUCGAAACUUUUCCUAUCUUCAUUGUGAGUGGCGGACUGAAGAGGAGCUUUUCCGUGGUGAUCGACGGAUAGCAUCGAAAAUAAAGCGAUUCCAAAUGAAACAAGCACAACAAAUGAAUAUUUUCGAUAAUAUUGAGGAGGAACCCUUCAAUCCCGAUUUCAUUGAAGUCGAUAGAGUUCUUGAUAUGUCGGAGCACACGGAUGCCCAGACGGGUGAAGUGUCAAAACACUAUUUAGUGAAAUGGAAAAGUCUUCCGUAUGAAGAUUGCACAUGGGAACUAGAAGAGGAUGUUGAUGAAGACAAAAUUGAGCAGUACCACACGUUCAAUAAAGUGCCACCUAAAUCAGAGUGGAAACCAAAGAAACGUCCAACGGCUGACAUGUGGAAAAAACUAGAGGCUACCCCAAUUUUCAAGAAUAAUAAUACGCUUAGGCCAUAUCAAUUAGAAGGGCUGAAUUGGUUGAAGUUUUCGUGGUACAAUGGGCGAAAUUGCAUUCUUGCGGAUGAAAUGGGUCUGGGUAAAACAAUUCAGAGUUUGACAUUCGUGCAUUCUGUCUGGGAGUAUGGAAUGCGGGGACCAUUUUUAGUGAUCGCCCCACUUUCGACUAUUCCUAAUUGGCAACGAGAAUUUGAAGGUUGGACCGAUAUGAAUAUUAUCGUGUACCACGGAUCAGUGACGAGCAAACAGAUGAUUCAAGAAUAUGAGUUUUAUUUUAAGAACGACAGCGGUAAAGUUAUUAAGGACAUAACUAAAUUCAAUGUGCUUAUAACCACUUUCGAAAUGAUUGUAACGGACUAUAACGACCUGAGAAAUUUCAAUUGGAGAGUGUGUGUUAUUGAUGAAGCUCAUCGGUUGAAGAAUCGGAAUUGUAAACUGCUAGAAGGAUUACGUCAACUAAACCUCGAACAUCGGGUUCUGUUGUCAGGAACCCCACUGCAAAAUAAUGUAAACGAAUUAUUUUCGUUACUCAAUUUUCUAGAACCACAGCAGUUCUCCUGCUCGGAUUCAUUCCUCAAAGAUUUUGGCAGCUUAAAAACUGAAGACGAAGUGCAGAAAUUGCAAGCCUUGUUGAAGCCAAUGAUGCUGCGACGUCUCAAAGAUGAUGUAGAAAAGUCGCUGGCACCAAAGGAGGAAACGAUUGUUGAAGUCGAACUGACUAAUAUUCAGAAGAAGUACUAUCGAGGCAUAUUAGAACAGAAUUUCUCGUUCCUGAAAAAGGGUACGACUUCUGCCAACAUUCCGAAUUUGAUGAACACUAUGAUGGAGUUGCGUAAAUGCUGCAUCCAUCCGUAUCUACUGAAUGGUGCGGAAGAUCAAAUUCAAUAUGAUUAUAAGAUAUCGCAUGGCGAUGACCACGAUGCGUACUAUAAGAACUUGGUGAAUUCAGCCGGUAAAAUGGUUUUGAUUGACAAGCUUCUUCCCAAGUUGAAGGCAAAUGGACAUCGAGUCCUCAUCUUCAGUCAAAUGGUUCGAUGUCUGGAUCUUCUUGAGGAUUAUCUCAUGUACAAGAAGUAUCCGUUCGAACGCAUUGACGGCAGAAUACGGGGUAAUCUUCGGCAGGCGGCAAUUGAUCGAUUCUCUAGGCCUGAUUCGGAUCGAUUUGUCUUUCUACUUUGUACCAAAGCUGGUGGUUUGGGAAUCAACCUUACUGCAGCGGACACGGUUAUAAUAUACGAUAGUGAUUGGAACCCACAAAACGAUUUGCAAGCACAGGCCCGUUGUCAUCGAAUCGGGCAACAGAAAAUGGUAAAAAUUUACAGAUUACUGUGUCGCAAUACGUACGAAAGGGAAAUGUUCGACAAGGCCUCCCUUAAGUUGGGUUUGGACAAAGCCAUUCUGCAAAGUAUGAACACGCAAGGGAAGGAUGGAAGCAGUAACAGACAGUUGUCUAAGAAAGAAAUCGAGGAUCUUCUGCGGAAGGGAGCCUAUGGCGCUGUUAUGGAUGAUGAUAAUGCUGGCGACAAGUUUUGUGAAGAAGACAUCGACUCGAUUCUGAAGCGCCGCACACAAGUUAUCACUAUGGAGAAUGAGAAGGGAUCAACUUUCUCGAAAGCAUCAUUCGCAGCUUCAGGCAAUCGUUCGGAUAUUAAAAUUGACGACCCAGACUUUUGGAAUAAAUGGGCGAAAAGAGCUGAUAUUGAUCCUGAUGCGGGGGAGCGAGACGAAACGGAAGACCUUGUUAUAAGUGAACCUCGUAGAAGGACACAGAUUAAGCGGUACGGACACGAUGACGGUGUUAUGGAUAUGUCUGAAGAAUCUUCGGCUGAAAAUAGCGACGAAGACAGUAUAGGUCUCCGAAGUAGACGUCGAAAGGAGAAAUUGGCAGCAAAACGACGUGGAGGGGCAGCAAAUGAUGACUACAUACCUCGAGACAGGGAUACAUUGGCUGCACUUGGACUAGAUGAAAUACAGUAUGGAUCGUGGGCGAAAUCAGAAUGCUUUAAAGUGGAAAAAGGUCUUCUAUCAUUUGGCUGGGGUCGAUGGACGGAAAUUCAGGAACUUGGUCAAUUUAAGCGGGGAUGGCGUGAAACAGACAUCGAAGAUUGUGCUCGGAUAAUUUUAUUGUAUUGUCUACACGUUUAUAAGGGCGAUGAGAAAAUAAAGAACUUCAUUUGGGAUCUUAUAACACCGACCGAAGAUGGCGAGGUACAAAAGAUCAGCCGAGAUCACAGUGGCCUACAUAAUCUUGUGCCACGAGGUAGGAAUGCUAAAGGUCGGAAUGGGGGUAAAGGUGGUCAAAAAGAUCCUAAUAAGCAACAGCAGGAUCGCGACAAAGUGCCCGGGGGUCAGAAUAUUUUAGACCCGAAUCAUUGGAGUAAGGACGAAAAGUAUGAUGCCGAAACAUUCUUAGAAGGCGCUUAUAAGAAGCAUUUAGGGCGCCAUGCCAACAAGGUUCUACUUCGAGUAAGGAUGCUGUACUACAUACAACACGAAGUCAUUGGAGAUUUAGUUAGUCAAAUCAAUGAAGGUGUCCAUGCAAGUGAGCUCCCCAUUCGCCCGCCGACAACACCCGAUCAGAUGCCAAGUUCGUGGUGGAAUCCGAACUGUUGCGACAAGAGUCUAUUGGUUGGAACAUACAAGCACGGAUGCGAAAUGUAUCGACAAAUUCGAGCCGAUCCCACAUUGUGUUUCAGUAGUCACAUUGGUCCCGGUGAUGAUGCUCCUGUCUCUAACGUAAUAAAUGAAGAUGACGCGAAUUCGAAGCAUGAAGACGCAGAAGAUGUCGAUGAAGACGGUAUGGCCACAAAGGAUUCAGAUUCUAAAGCUGAAAUGGACAGGCCAUGUUCAUCAGGAUUGGAGGAAGAAGAGAACGCCAGCAGUAGCUUCAUGGUUGCCGGAUUACCUGUGGACGAUAACACUUGGCCAUCAAUGCAAGAUCUAAACACACGCUUACGACGUGUUAUCACCUCGUAUCAACGCAACUACAAAAAAGAAGAAUUGAAAAUGCAACAAAAAGCCAAGUUACAAGCGUUGGUAUCGACACCAUCACAACCAACACAAACCACGACAAUGGGUGGUGUACAAAUAAUACCGGGUGCUGGUGCUGUUUCUGCUGCAUCAUCACAAGCCAAUACAUCCACGGGCGUUUCGAUGCAAGGUACUUCCGCAGGUGGAGUUGGUGGAAAUAUGGCAGCGGUCGUUAGUGGUGUAAUGACGCCGACAUCAACAAAUAUUUCUACAUUAGCCAAUCAAAACCAAAGUAGUAGCCAACCGCAAGCACAAUCAUCCGCCCAGGGAGCCCAAAUGCCAUCAGCAGCUGAUAUUGGAUUGAUGCUCAGCCUCUUGAAUCCGACCGAUCCAAGUCAAUUAGCCAAUUUGGAUUUGAAUAAAUUGGCCAUGUAUUUGAAAAUGGAACGGCAAAGUAAAAUCGAACAAGCUGCCAAGGAACGAGAGCGAUCACGGCUAGAAACUCUGCCGAAGAAAUGGAAUCGGCGGGAAGAAAACGAAUUCCUGCGCGUUCUCACUGGAUACGGAAUUGAUUUACAACCAUCAAAUAUUCCUGCGCCGGAUUGGCUGAAGUUCAAAGCAAUGUCGAAAUUGGAUAGGAAAAGCGAUGAAACUCUGAGCGACUACUAUAAAGUGUUCAUUGCGAUGUGCAAACGUCAAGCUGGAGUAAAAUUGUCGGAGUGUGAAAAGGGAUUCGAAGGAAUCAUCGAUGAUAUAAGCGAGGAUCAUGCCAGAUUAGUGCUUGAUCGUUUAGAGCUUCUAUCGAAAUUGCGUGAAAUUUCACGACAUCCAGUGUUGGAUGAACGUCUCAAAUUAUGCCAAAAUAACUACGACACUCCAGAUUGGUGGGAGCCAGGCCACCAUGACAAAGAACUGAUUGCGGCUGUUCUGAAACAUGGUCUUUAUAAAUCUGAAUAUUAUAUUUUCAACGAUCCUUCCUUUAGUUUUUCUGAAUGUGAACGUCGUUUUUCUAGAGAACUGGAAACACAGUUCCAAAGGAACAUUAAGAUUGAAGCAAUUCCGCCACCUAAAGCGGAAGAAGCACCUCCUUUAGAUGGCGUGACUCUUAUAAAAGAAGUUCCACUGAUUAAAGAUGAACCAAGUGAUAACAUAAAAUCAGAAGUGAAAGAAGAAAUGGAAGUGAAAACUGAAGUGGAACCUACUGAAAAUGAAUCUGCUGCUUCUGAAGCAAAUUCAGAGGCAAAAGAGGAAGUAGACGAAUCGGAAAAGGAUACGGUCAAAGAAGAAGGCGAAGAGAAGGAGAAAGUCGAUGAAGAAUCCAUGAAUAAAUCCAUAGAAAAUGCUGAUGAAGAUAGAGAAGUAAAAUCGGAGGAAGAAAAUGAAAAGAAGAAAGAAGAGAAAGUUACACCUCCAGAGGAAGAUGAAGAAAGCAAGAUUGUUGCUAAGAAAGAAGUAGAAGAUGCUGAAAAUAAGGACGUAACGUCCGCGGAAUGUUUGAAAAAAGAAUCAACAGAGCUAUUGGAUCUGGCUUCAUCGGGAGAUCCAGAUGAUGACGAAGUGAUGAAGGAAAAGGAGAAAGCCGUUGAAGAAGAAUGUAAAAAGCAAGCUGCAGAAUUGAAAGCUCGAUUCCCCGAUCUGGAAGUAAUACAACCACAACUGAAAGUGAAAACCGAACGGGAUAGACCAAAAGUGGAAAACAUGAUGAUGGUGCGUUGGUUCAGAGAUUUCGCACUAGAAAAGCGCAUAUCACAUAUUGUAACAUGCGUCGAGAAGAAUCAAUGGCCAGUUGGCAAAAACUAUUCUGCUUAUAUUGGAUGCCAAGGAGUAGACUUAGAUAUUCCUCUCUAUGAAACAAUAAAACAUGUGAAUUUAUUGGAUCGACGUUCUGCAACACCAGACGUGAUAACUAUUACAACUGAUCAAGGAGUGCCGAAACAUCUUCAAGCGCAAUUGUCAACACCAAGUCCGUCCACCACACUUAGCCCAUUACCUCCAGUAAGUGUAGGUGGGGUUCCUGGUGGAGCAAACGUUACUGUAUCUCCUGCGGGCAUGGUCGGCAACACUGGCGGUAGUGGUUUAGGAAAGAAACGAAAAAAGCACAUUGCUAUUGACGUAGAAACUGAGCGAGCAAAAUUGCACGCUCUUUUGAACAGUACACAAGUGACAAUUACAGGUCAAAAAUGGGACGAUGAUGGAGGAAAUUGCGGUCCACCAAGUAGUGGGCCGGAUUCGCGGAGAAGCAAUCCGUUACCCUCACAGCAAAGGCAACCGCCUCCUGCGCAUCAACAUCAGCCACUUACUAGGCAAGCGCCUUCAACGUCCUUCAAUAAAUCAGGUCCAAUGCAAUCGCCGCAAUCAUCAAUGGGCGCAAUGGACUUAUCAGCCGGACUACCUAAAGUCAAUCUUAAUGAAAUGAAGAGUCCAAUUGAUCUUAGCGAGGUACAAGACUUUUCGAUGGGUUCGAAGAAACAAGCGGCAAAUUUGAGUAUGAACUAUGGAGGACCCACUAAGGGAAAACUAGACGACACAUUGAGUAAAUUGAUGAAAAAGAACAAUUGUCAAAUCGAGGAACCGCCCGUAAUUGGAAAGGAAAAGAAGAGGAAGAAGCUUGACGAAAUCGUAUUGGGCUUGUCAGCUGCUAAGGAGCAAAAAACGUUCCCGGAUCCAUCUCUUCCGUCUUCUAAGAAACCACAAAUAACACCAAGUGUGUCCGUGACGCCAGCAGUUCCACAGUCUGCACCAACCAGUCAACCAAAUCAGAAACCAUUCACAAUAACCGUUACAAGUGUGCCAGGCACUUCAAAGGGAAAUCCUGCAUCUUCACCUUCUUCCUCAAACUCGGGCUUGGCAGCUCUUCAAAAUAUGGCAAUGGGAGGAGGUAGCUCGUCAAAGGAUAGUUUGAAUUCAUUACUUGCUCAAACCAUGUCUACCGACCCGCAAAGCUUCAUAAAGCAACAGCAAAAGCUACUGCAGCAAAUGCCAGCAUCGCAACGAAAAGCAUACGAGGGGAUGUUGGCUGAAAUGAAACAAGCUAUGGAGUUCAGUGCUAAAUACAGUUCACAUGAUGCCAAAGUAAAUAAAUGGUUGGCAGAACAAAAUGCUGCAUUAAAUGACCAGUUGAACAUGGACUACCGACGCUCUACUAGACAACAUGGUAGCAAUAUGAAUGUGCCAACUUCGACAGCAUCUCAGUUGCAGCAUCAGCAACAACAACAUCAGCAGGCAAUGCAGCAGCAAGCUCAACAACAACAGAAAAUGGGUUUGAACAGUUUAACUGGGGAAGAAUAUGUUCCAGUGAUAAACAAACAAACAGGCAAACGGAUAUCCGGGAAUAAAGCACCGCAACUGAAAAGGCUAAUGCAAUGGUUAAGUGAAAAUCCCGCCUACGAAAUUGAUCCAAAAUGGAUUGAACUGAUUCAAAUGCAAACGAACCCUAUGCCGGCGCCAUCGCCGAAAUCUUCGGGCUUAGAAUCUAGCGGCAUGGGGAGCAGUUCCUCAGGUAAAGGGCAUGGAGGGCGUGGACAAUCUUCAUCAGCAAACAAUUCGUCUUCGAGUGGUAUGGGCUCAACUGGCCAACAACAGCAAUCUAAAAAAGGUCGGCCAAGUGUCAUGGACCAAGCGAACGCGAUGCAAUUUGCAAGUUUAGCGGGCCUGAACCCAAGUUUGUUAUCAAGUCUUCCAGGACUUGGGUUUGAUCCGAAAAAUCCACUUCUAAUGCCAUUCGGUAGCAUGCCUGGCCUAGGCGGAAUGGGAGGUCUUGGAAAUUUGAAUAUGAACUUCUUUGCUAAUCUAGCAGGCCUAGGUGGUAUUGGCAAUUUAGCAGGGAUGGAUACUCAAAGCUUGGCUGCAUUGAUGGCGGCUGCAGGUGGGGCAAAUUUAGGUAACUUGACUGGCACAGCUAGUGGCAAAGUUGGUAGCUCGCCGAAUACGACUAAUAAAAAGAAUAAAGGCGGCAGUGAGUCACAACAGCAAAGCCAAUCACAAGGAAAUCAAUCAAACAAGACUCCUACGUCGAGCGCAUCAGGCUCAUCUGCACAAAACAACUCGGGGUUCCCAUUCUUAUUCCCAAAUCCAAGUUUGUUGUACCCACCGCUUGGUUUAAGUGGACUAAAUCCGUAUUCUUUGUCACCCUAUGAUCAGCUGGCACAACAAUACAAUUUACUAAAUGGUGGCGCCAGUGGUAGUGGAAGUGGAUCAAAUACAAGUGGAGGAAGCACACGACAGUCGCAAGGUAAAUCAUCAAGUUCGAGAACAAGUGCACUCGGAUCAUCUGGGAUGAGUAGUUCAACAACUUCAAGUGGCCGGGGACGCGGAUCCGCGUCAAGUCGAAACAAUGAGUCUUCGCAACUAUCAAGCCUGCUUAUGCCUAGUGACCCACAUUUAUUAGAGUCACUUAGUCGAAUGACUGGAAUGGAUAUUGCUCAGGCCUCACGUCUGAUGGGAAGUUCGCAGCCAGGAAGUGAUAAGCGUUCUUCAUCAAUGAGUUCAAAAGAUUCGCAAGAAAAACAAGCCGAGAAAGAUCGUCAAAAAUGGAUGGAGAAUUUAGCACGAGGCGCUCUCCCACCUGAUUUGGCAGCCAUCCAAGCAUUCACUCAGGGUAAGUUGCCAAUGGGUUCUGGUGGGUCUGGCAAAGGGAGUUCGAAAAAUCAAUCACAGUUGCCGCUUGGAAUGCCACCCGAUAUAAAUCAAGCCUUAUUGGCGGAAAUGGCAGCCCAGGCAAUGGCCGCUGCUACAACAGGCAGUGGGAGCGGUAGCAAGCGAAGUCGUGACCAGGACAUGAAAGAUGUUUUCGAGCAAAACAUGAAACAAAUGGAUUUGUACACGAGAGCUUUAGGAUUGGGAGCUGGUAUAUCUUUAACGCCUACCUCUUCCAUUCCACUAAGUGAAGAUCAUAAGCCAAAACGACCGCGAACGGAGAGUCACAUAUCGAACAGCUCUAAAGAUGAUGUAAUACCAUUAAAUCUGGGUAGUUCAUCAGAUAAAAGUAGCCGAGGUGAUUUAGCAUCGUUGGAUAAAGUUACUUUAACUCCAGUGGCAGCUGCCAGUAUAGCAGCAUCCCUGCCCUCUCAGACGACAAUAACAAUUGCGCCGCCGACGAGCAGCGGGGCCAGUACUAGCAGUGGUUGCAGUGAGCCCCGUUCGAGUCUUACUGUUUCAAGUUGCGAAGGUAAUUCAGCUCUGAAACAACAACUUCAACAUGUGUCUGAUACGGAAGUUGAAGAUCUCGUCGUUCAACCGAAGUAUUCGAAGCCUCCGACACCAAUAGAAACAUCGCCUCCACCAUCGGCUAUGUCUCAACGACCACCUUCACGACCAGCCUCAAGGGCGACCGUGUCACCUACUGCCAGUAGACCAGCUUCAGUUCCACCACCGCCACCAACUCCACCUGCAGCUGUAUCAGCAACGAAUGAUAAUCGAUCACCUGCGAUACCUGCCCAUCCGUCGAGCGAAACAAAGGCUUCAAUUAAUGAAGAUGAAAUUUCAGGAGGAAAUACUGGAGCGAGUUCUACAUCAGGUUCGAGCACAAGUCGGGGAGGCGUAGAGGAGAGACGGUCGGGCCGCCUAAAGAGACCACGAUCAUCGGCUGUACAUGAACAAGAUGGAUGCCAACCGCCUGAACGAAAGCGUGAGCUCCGUUCAACGAUGAGAACGCGGCAGUCUGGAAAUUCAGAAACAUUGAAUCUGUCGACAUCUCAUAAUGACGACGGCAAAGACGAUCGAUAAAGUACAUUGCGCUUGUAAUGAUCUAGAGCAAGCUUGGCAAGUAGAGAAAAUAAGGUUUCCAAGAGAUUGGGUUCCCAGAGAAAUGCUGUAGAUUAGGAUUAAUGUGUAGCGAAGGAUAAAGUUUUAAGCCAACAUCUUAACACUCGCGCUGUGGACUAACGUCAAAAUUUUUACAUUCGAUAGUGUUUAUCGUAUGCUCACAUCAAGAUGAAUGAUAAGCUACGAUAAACAAUAUUGUGAUAAAUUAUCCGAGGAGAUGUGCAGAUGAAAUUGGUUUGUUGUGUGGUUUACACGAGCACCAAACUCAAUUCUAUAGCUUCAAGUUUCAAGCUGGAUCAUUAUUCCAGUGACACUUUCAUCUGCGUUCUAUUUGCUAUUUACAGUCCAUCGUUAUCUUGUAAAAUAUACAUGAAUUUGUUUUCAUUCUCCUAUAUUUGUACGAAGAUGUUUGGAGCAUAAAAGAUUUUCAAGUAUCUUCAAAGAUGUUAGGGAGGGAAAUAUCGUUCAGCGAAUUACGAGGAGUGUGUAGUAAGCAUUGAAGGGUUGCUGCGGACAUGUCACACUACAUACAUUCUCGACAAGUAAGAGGUUGCGUAUUCCAUCAAACUGCGAAUUUCUCCCUACAUUUGAGGUUUUCUGAAGAGCUGUUCUAAAAUAUAUUCAAAAUGUUCAAAACUGAUAUAAAGUAAAUUAAUUUUUAUAAAUACAUAUUUCUAAUAACACCCUCUGCUUCUCUUAGAUUAGAUUAUGUAAUUCUUUUAGUUAUGUACAUAAUUAAGGACGAAUUUACGUAGUACAUUAAGAAUGAAAGCUAAAUAUUAUAAAAAUAACAAGAAAAAUAAGAUAAAUUAAAUCACUUAGAUUCUGAAAGUAGAGUUUAUAAAGAAAAGAAAAAAUAACAAAAAAGAGCUAAAAGAAUAGUGUACUAAACAAGAAGGAAAAUAUUUAUUUAUCUCAUUUUAAGUAGAUAUCGAUCGUAAGCAAUUAUAUAUUAAUAAAGUAAAAGAUAUAAAGUACCCUAUAAAUGAUAAAUAUUUACGCAUCUCUAAGCAUGUAGUUAAGAUUUUACUAAAAUACAUUAAGGUAUUACGUCUUAAUGAGAAAACAACCGUACAUUGAAGGGAGGCAUAAUAAAUUGUACUGAAGAAUUAUUGAUAAGGACACAACUCUAACGGUAAACAAAGAAUAAAAACGAGACAAAGGUUGCAUGAUGA